AUGGCACCACACGUUUUCUUCAUCACUGGAACCAGCACGGGCUUCGGCCAAGAGCUCGUUAAGAAGGCCUUACAAGAAGGCGACAAGGUCGUUGCAACAGCGAGAAACAGUUCCAAGCUCAGCUUUGAUGGCACAACGAAGGAUAAUUACUUGGCUGUCGACCUCGAUGUCACCGAUAAGAGCUCCGUGGACAAGGCUUUUGACGCUGCAUUAAAGCAAUUCGGACGCAUCGAUGUAGUCGUCAACAAUGCUGGCUACGGAUUGUCUGGAGAAUUUGAGUCUGUUUCUGAUGAGCAGGCUAGAACUCAGAUGGAGGUCAACUUCUUCGGCCUCCUCCACGUAACCCGCCGCGCCCUCAAAAUAAUGCGCGAAACCAACUCCCCUCCCGGCGGCAAAAUCCAACAAAUCACCUCCAUCGGCGGCCAAAUCGGAGUUCCAACUUUCAGCAUCUACUGUGCAUCCAAAUGGGCCGUCGAAGGUUUCACCGAAACAGUUUCCAAAGAACUAAAACCCGAAUGGAAUAUCCAACUCACAUGCAUCGAACCUGGUGGAUUCCGAACAGAUUGGGCUGGAAGGAGUAUGGUUUUUGCAGAGCAAAAGGAAGCGGCGUAUGAUCAUAUUGAUGCGGAGAAACAGAUGGGGAAGGUUAAUGGAAGUCAGGGAGGGGAUCCUGUGAAGGGGGCGAGGGCGAUGUGGGAGGUUGCGAAGAUGGAAAGCCCGCCGUUGAGGGUUGUGUUGGGGUCGGAUGCUUAUGAGAAGGUUAAUCAGAAGAUUAAGGAGUAUGGGGAGCUUUAUCCGAAGUAUGAGAAGUUGAGCAGUAAGUUUCUUGUUGCCGCGAUGCUUGGCAGAAAGUGA